AUGCAGGACUAUUUCAUCGCCACCGCUGCUGUCUAUGUUCCAUGCUAUGCAUACAGCUGGUUUCGCAUCAUUUUCGAAUACGGAUUCACGCAAAAAGCCCGAAUUCAAGUUGAAGAGAACGGAUUUACACGCAUCGUGGUCCCCGCUAAAUUCAAGUGGACUCCGGGACAGCACUGUUUCCUUCGUUUUACGAGCUUUGGUCUUUCCCCGGCUCUGUCAUCGCAUCCAUUCACCAUCUGCUCCUCGCCGUCCAUCGACCCUGACACGCCAUCUGAGCUUGUGUUCUACAUUCGUCACCAGAAGGGUUUUACGAGCAAGUUGUACCAGCAUGCGCUAGAAAAUCCUGACAUCUCGGUGCCUGUACAGAUUGAUGGACCGUAUGGCGGCGCUAAUUUGCAGAAGUUUAGGGACAGUGACCAUCUGCUGGUCAUCGCUGGUGGUUCGGGUGCUGGCUGGAUUCUACCCUUCGUUGAGCGAUUCGCUCGGGCGGGUUUGAUUGAAAGGAAUUACGGCCAUGAGAACCACGGCCCUGAAGAAGCUCACAUUGACACCGAGAAAGCCCCCGCGACCGAAGUUCAUGCCGCAGGUAGCAUCUUGAGUCCGAAGUCCCUGCAUGUAAUACUAGCCACACGGGAUUCAAGCAGUCGGAAAUGGUUUCUUUCAUCUGUCAGCGGCCUUCUGGCCAAGUACCCAUCUUCGAACGUCCGUGUCCAAGUAUACCUGACAGGAGAAGCCGCAAAAGAGGCAGAUCUACCGGAGGCGGCAGAAGCGCAACUUUCCACGUCCUCCUCGGAUGAAAUUGAGAUCCACACCAAGGGCCACGAUGUUCAUGUCCCGGGCAAGGAGCUUGAGGGCCGGCCACAGCUCGCAUCAAUCAUCCAGGAGGAGGCUCUCAAGGCAGCGGAGGCAAAUGAGUCCCUUGGCGUCUUCGUGUGCGGCCCAGAAACAAUGCAGAAUAAUGUACGCAACGCUGUUGCAGCAGAGAAUUUGAAGAUAUUGAAGGGGUCCAAGAUGGACGGACAUAUUGCGCCCUAUACGGAAGAGUGGGUGGCUGCCGGCGCGGUGCCGCCCUCUUUGUACACGGCAUGCGCAAAGGCAGGUUUCCUUGUUCCGAUUGCUUCCGGCAAGGCGAUUCCAAAGCAGUGGUCUAACUAUCCGAUCAUUGGCGGCAUCAAGCCCGAAGAGUGGGACGGUUUCCACGACUUCGUGUUAUGGGACGAGCUCAUGCGCGGUGGCAGCAUUGCUUCGCUGUUCAUCGGUCUUGUAGUUGGUGCACCACCACUAUUGAAGUUUGCGAGUAAGCAGCUUCAGGACAAAAUCUUCCCAGAGAUCUUGAGCGGAGAAAAGAGAAUAUGUCUUGCAGUGACGGAGCCGGCGGCUGGAUCUGACGUCCGCAUGAUUACCACGACCGCUAAAAAGACUCCAGACGGGAGGCAUUAUAUUGUCAAUGGCGAGAAGAAGUGGAUCACGAACGGCAUGUUCUCUGAUUAUUUCAUGACCGCUGUGCGUACAGGAGGAGCGGGAGCAGAGGGCAUCUCCAUGUUGUUGAUCCCCCGAUCGGAAGGGCUACGAACCCGUAAAAUCGAGGUCAUUGCUGGGCCCCUGUCCUCGACCACUUACGUUACUUUUGAAGACGUAAAAGUCCCUGCCGAGUACCUCAUCGGGCAAGAAGGCCAAGGUUUUCGUCAGACGAUGGUCAAUUUCAACCAUGAGCGUCUGUGGGUCGCAUUCCAAGCCAUCCGCGGCUGCAGGAUCGCCCUGAAUGAUGCGUUCCAGUGGGCUAUCAAGCGCGAAGCUUUUGACAAGACGCUGAUUGAGCAACCUGUUGUGCGAAACAAACUCGGAAAUUGUGGGAGACAAGUCGAAUCCUUGCAAUCAUGGACCGAACAAAUUGUGUAUGAGCUGGAGCACUUGAGCGAUGCCGAAGGAGCCCGUAUUCUAGGCGGAACCACUGCAUUGCUCAAAGUUCAGUCGGGUAUGGUCUGCAAAUAUGUUGCAGAAGAGUGCCUGAAGAUCAUGGGAGGUCUCGGUCUUACGAAGACCGGUCAAGGGGCGAGAAUUGAGGCGUUCUAUCGCAGCGUGCCUAGUUACGUUGUGCCAGGAGGCUCGGAAGAUGUCCUAAUCGAUCUCGGUGUACGUGAGGCACUCAAAUUGCAUCGCCAAGCAGAAAAGGCAAAGACCAAGCUGUGA